AGCACCCUCACCCUUCCACCGUCCAAAUAUAUCUCAAAAGAAGACCAUCACACCCACAAUAUAACGCGUUCGCCGCAAGGCACGGUCACAAAAGCAGAGCCCUCUCCAUCUCUCUCUUUGUCUCAAAAACAACUAAUUUCAUAGUAUUCAUUCACUCUCCUCUCAAACUUCUUUCACUAUGUCGGCAAAAGACUGUGGCAGCCAUGGCAAAAAGCGCCAAAAAAUCUGGCGUCGAAUUUUCUGGGGAAUUCUAAUCUUCCUCUUCAUCGUUCUGGUCACAAUCCUUAUCGUUUGGGCCGUUCUCCAGCCCAAAAAGCCCAAAUUCAUCAUCCAAGACAUCACCGUUUACGCCUUCAAUGCUUCCAUUCCAAAUUUCAUUACCUCCAAUUUCCAAGUCACCAUAUCCUCUCGAAAUCCUAACGAUGAAAUCGGAAUCUACUAUGAUAGGAUGAGCAUCUAUGCUUCCUACCGUAACCAGCAAAUCACUCUCCGCACCUCCAUACCUCCGGAGUACGAGGGCGACAAGGAGACCAACGUGUGGUCUCCUUUCAUUUACGGUAAUUCCGUACCUGUAGCUCCGUACAACUCCGUCACACUGAGUCAGGACCAGUCCACAGGCUCUGUCGCGCUGAUCAUCAAGAUUGAUGGACGGGUAAGAUUCAAAGUUGGAACGUUUACAACCGGAAGAUAUCGUCUCCACGUGAAGUGUCCAGCGUUUAUUCAGUUCGGGAGCCAGACUUCGGGGGUCGUUGUCGGUGACAACGCCGUCAAGUACCAGAUGCUCACCAGUUGCAGCGUGAGUGUUUGACCACCUCUGGCGGAGCAGAUCAUCAGUAUCAAAGAAGAUGGGCUGACGGCGUUAUGUGUGUGCCAAGUUGUUCUCUUCUUCUUCUAACGCCGUUAGUUUUUAAUUUUAAUUUUUUUUAAUAAGUGUCUACAAUUUCUGUCUUAUAGGUACAAGGUGAUAAAUAUUAAAAAUUAUAAAAUUGUACAUUUUGCUACAACAAUAAAUUGAAAAAAAAAAUCAUAUUAGACGACGAAUGGCAAAAUUACGAUUUCUUAUGCAAGUUGUAAUAAUUUUAUUGCAUAUUUAUAAAUAAAAUUUGGAAUUGAUAAUUUAUUUCCAAUAAA